UUCCAACAGUUGCCUGUGAGCAGGGAAGCCUGUGACCUUGGGGUUGCAGAUCUAUCCGGGUGCAGUGGGAUGUUAGGUUUGUUUAGCUGUGAUGAUGGCUUGGGAAAUAUGCAAGAAACAUGACUAACGAAAAUGACCUAAGGAAGUUUUUUGCCCAGUAUGGGUGUGUAAAAGAAGUGAAGAUAGUUAAUGACAGAGCUGGAGUAUCAAAGGGGUAUGGUUUUAUCACUUUUGAAACACAAGAAGAUGCACAAAAAAUUUUACAAGAGGCUGAAAAACUUAAUUAUAAGGAUAAGAAACUGAAUAUUGGUCCAGCAAUAAGAAAACAACAAUUAGGGAUCCCUCGAUCUAGUAUUAUGCCAGCAGCUGGAACAAUGUACUUGACUACUUCAACUGGAUAUCCUUAUACUUAUCACAAUGGAGUGGCUUAUUUUCACACUCCUGAAGUUGCUUCUGUUCCACAACCAUGGCCUUCACGUUCUAUUUCCAGUUCCCCUGUGAUGGUAGCUCAACCUGUUUAUCAACAACCUACAUAUCAUUACCAGGCCCCGGCGCAGUGUCUUCCUGGGCAGUGGCAGUGGAGUGUUCCUCAGUCUCCUGCCUCGUCAGCCUCAUUCUUUUAUCUGCAUCCAUCUGAAGUUGUUUAUCAGCCAGUAGAAAUUUCACAGGAUGGUGGAUGCAUGCCUCCUGCUCUAUCUCUAAUGGAAGCUACUGUUCCUGAGCCCUAUUCUGAUCAUGGAAUUCAAGCAACAUAUCAUCAAGUUUAUGCCCAAAGUGCCAUAGCUAUGCCAGCAGCUGUGAUGCAGCCUGAGCCUGUAAAAGAACCAAGGUUACAUUCGGUGAGAAGACAUUUUUCUCAUCCUUCGUCUGUGAGUCUCAAGCCUCGAUAUACGCGAAGCCCUCACUUUCAUCCUAGGAAAGAUUACAGAAUGGAAGAUACAAUUCUCACUCCACCUUCCUCUACAGACUCUGUAAAAUAGAGUUUUAGAUGUCUACCAUGCUAAUAUAUCUAGCACGUGGAGGGUAUGUAAUUUUCUAACAUAUAACAUUUGCUGAAUUUGCCUAAGUUAAAAUGUCUUCACUUUUUGUAAAAGGAAUAAAAAGAAGUCUUGCAGUUCAGGUUAACAAACAUGAUAUGCAGGAUAAAAUCAUGGUGUCCUUUAUCAGUGAAUAUACCUUUAGAUGACAUUGUAAUUUGUGAUAUACGGACCACUGUGUGUGCACUAUUUAUUUAUGUGCAUUGAAAAACAACAUAUUUGUAUUACAGAGCAAAAUUAAAGUAUAUUUUUGUGUCAGAUAAAUUACAACAGUAGUCAUUAAUUACAAUGUUUUAGCUGUUUUCUUGUAGACUAACAGCAUGUAUUUGUUUUGGAUACUGUUUUGUUUAUUUUAAAUAUAAUUAUUCAAGCAUAAUUUUAUUUUGUUUUGUUUUAACUCAUGUAUAGCUUGUGUGUAUUAAAUUAUUUUAAUUAUUUCUGUUGAAAUUAGAUCCAUGUACUUAACUAACAGAUAAGAAUUCUUGCUUAAGUGUAGUUUUAGCACUUUGUGGUAAGAAUUUGAAAAAAUUUAAUUUGGACCACUUGCUUAUAAUUGUUUAUUUGAGGCUGACACUUCUUAAAUACAGUAAGUAAUACAUUCAUGCUUAUAGUAUCAUUCUAGCUGUAGAAAAGUGCAAGAAUUGACAUAAUACUUUAUCUUGUAAGACGGCUAGAAACGUUUACCUUGUCUGUACGUGUUAAUAUUUUUCCAAUGCCUGUACAAGCUUAAAAUGCAUUGACAGGAUACAUCAUGUGUUGAGAUAGUAUACAAUUUCCUUCUCAACUGUAAGGACUUUAAACAUUUAUUCCUCUUUUUCUCUCUAUGCUUUCUUUUUUCAAGGAUUCCGUCUGUAUUUUUUUUUAAACUGAAAACAGGUCAAAAUAUGACUACUGUAUUUAAUAGGAGUGAAAGCCAUGCCUUAUUGUUUACAAACUGUUGAAGGUCAUUAUUUUUAUCUUUUUUAUGUAUGUAAAAUAUUUUUCAAUUAUUACUUUUUUAAUUUUUGAUCUGCUUGAAUGACUUUCCAAAUAUAUUUGCAAUACUUUGUUUUUAGCUUUAUAUCAGAUGAGGGUCUUGCAGAGUGGUCAUUAUAGCUCUACUAGACAAUACACGGGUAAUAUUUAAAUAGUCUUAUUGAAAAUUGCAAUCUGUAGCAUUUAUAGUGGAAUGUAAAACAGGUGGGGCCUGAUUCUGUUCUCAUGUAUACUGGGUUAACGCCAUUGACUUACACUGUUGUCAGAGAGGUCAGGCCCAUUGUAUAUAUUAGUUGCUGUUUUAGUAACAUUUACACUCCUAGACCUAAAAGCAGUUUCUGCACCUUGGUUGAUCAGAGAAAAGAUCACACACAAACAAGAUUUAUACCUCUUGUAAACAAAAACAAAACAAAACUGCUUGUAACAAUCUAACAACUGUUGGUUUUAAACGGCUUGUCAUAUGUAAAUAUAACUUGUAUUCUUGGGGAUAUUGGUGUAAUUUUGGGGGACAGAUCCUCAGCUGUUGUAAAUUGUCAUGACUUUGCUGAGACAACUAAUACAAACUAAGCAGCUGUUAAUUUUUUUUAUAUAUUUGGUUUAGGUUUUAAAGUUUAUCUGCAUGGCCAUAUUGGAUAAAUUUUGGCACAUCUUCAAACUACUUCAUUUUUAUGUAAAAACUUGUUCAAUUAUAACUAUUUUUGCAAACAGUCGUCUAGAUGCAAAAGUAACCAGGAAAGAUCUUGUGUUCUGCUAUUACAGUCUGAUAUUUAUUAUCAUGAAACAAAUAUAUAAAAUCAGUUCAACCUAUGCUUUAGGGUGAGUUAUAAAUCCUGCCUUUUAAAAAAUGUUCAUAAAUUUAAUUUGUUCUUUGUUGUACCAAACAUGAUUUUUCUUAGAAUACUUUUUUAAAUUGUAGAGGUCCAAGGAAUAAAUUUGUUACAUAGUGUCAUGUUAAAAACAUUUGUCUACAGUUGAAGUUUUCUGAGCUAUCUAAUUAAAGUUGUACAUUUGGUAUGUCUGUCUGCUAAAAUGGUAUCUAAAAGCCCAAAUGUUCUCAAAUGUUUAUUGGCAUUUAUAAGGACAGAUAGUAGAUCAUAAGUAUUGCUUUUUUUCUUCAAAAUAUGACAGGAAAAAUAAUUUGUGAAAUAAGACUAAGUUUAGCCUGUUACUUUUAUCAGUAGUGCAAAAAGAUGCCAUCAUAUCCUCUUGGAAACUGUCUAAUCUAAGUAAUUGUGUUUUUAUUCUGUAAAUAACAUAAGAUAUGACCCAGGUUCAGCAUUUAUUUUAAAAUAAGAGCUUUGCUUAUGGCUGCAUGUAGUAAUUCAAAAGAUGCAGGUAACAGUUUUCUCCUGUAAGUGUUGUUUACUUUUUGACAUAAAAGAAUAUUUAAAUUGAUACUUACUUUAAAAAGUUAUACAAGGUACAAAAUUGAGUUUUUCUUUGCGCUCCAGUUUUGCAUCCCAAUUUGAAGAGUAAAAACCAAAUAUAAAACAGAUAUAAUUGGUAUUUUUUAGAGUUAAGGUAUUAAAAAUGUAUUCCUAGUUGAUCAUAUUUCCAUUCUUAGGCUUAAAAAUACUUCAGCUCUGUUUGGUUGAAUGAAUGUUGAUGUAAGAACAUUAAGUAAUAUAAAUAUAAGACAAAUAAAAUUAGUGACUAUAAGCUGCUAUAUAAGGGAUUCAGAAUUCAACCCCUCCUUCUCCCGCAAGAAAUAGUAAAAUGUAAAUGAGAAUUGUUUUAAACAGAAAUGUUUAUUUCUUAAUUCUCCAGGUUGAAGUUCGAAGGACUAGAUCCUGAGGGGUUUUACUCUUGAGUUUACUUAGAUAAAAACUAAAUAGAGACUUGAAGAUUUGACCCAAAGACAUUAAUGCUGAAAAUAAAAAGUAAGCCUUAAGAUGUAUUAUUUCAUUUUAAAGUAAGGAGAGAGAUUCUGUUUAUAUUAUCUCUUCAGUUACUUUGGAAGGAUGCUCAUUGUUCAGUGUGAGUAUCAAAUGAUGCUCACAAAUUUCUACAAUUAAGUCUGCUCUUAUCCUUGUUUCUUUGUCUGAAGUUGCCAUUUGCAGAGGGUUGAGCCAUGGUGUCCUAUCUUGAUUUGGGAAGCCUAGAACAGAUCAAGAUGAAACACUGAAUAGUGGGUCAUCUAGCCUCCAAGGGCUGUACAUCCCUACUGAAUAUUAGGCAAGAUUUAUAAAUUAAGAAAUUUAAGUUAGUUUUUUUUCUUUCAAAACUACUGAGCACCAAACACCUUCCCAGUGACCUCUGUUAGAAGCACAGUAUUUUAGAAAAAUCAGGCAGGUGGCUGAUCAGACUCAUUUUUCUCUUGAAAUGUUUUAUCUAGACUGUAGCCUAUUGCAUAUUAGUCAAUCCUAAAACAGCCUUAAAAUUCAAAUCCAAUAUGUAGCUUCACCUUCAUCAUACUUCUUUUGUAGAGAAUAAUGUAUGUUGGAAAAGAACUUUACCACUUCUCAAAAAUAGUAUCUUCAAGUGUUGUUAACUCUGUCCUUCCAGUAGUAGCUUCUUUGCAGCAUUCAAUUUUUUUUCUUUGUUGCUUAUUUAUUCCAUUAUUUUUGUCAUCGGAGAUUCCUUUACUUUUGUACAGAAGUUGUCUAGCUGCCUAUAUACUUUGUUGCCUUAAUUCUGCAGUCUGAUUUUUUUUGGUAACCCCUUUGCCUAUCCAGAUCCCUGUUGGCAUCUGCGAGGCUGUGCACUACAGGAAUUAUACACAGAUCAGACAACUGGAUUGUGGCCUACAUGGUAUAAAUAAUUUUUCUUAGUAUUAUUUGUCAGGGUUAUUAUUUGGAAAAAUUAUUAAAUUAGCAAAUUGUCCUCUUCUUCUUUCAGUAUCUUAUCCACCAAUAUCAUUUGAUCUUGAAACUAACUUAAUUUUUAGUUUUUCCUGUCUAUCAACCACUUGCUAUUGUUAGUUUAUAAACUGAUACCAACUGCAGUUUCUAUUCUAGAUGGUUUUGUGGCAGAAUGCUAGAGUUAACAUUUGCUUUAAGAUAAGAGUAGAAAAUCAUAUUGGCAUAGAUUUUGACAAAAAUGAUAUCCAAAUGCAUUAUUAUCACUCCCACUAUUUAUAUACAGUUGAUCAGGGAAUGUUAUGUUACAAAAUUGAAUUCUGUACUUGGAUAGGAAAUAUCUGUUUUGAAAUUUUAGAAGUAGUGUGAACACAAAAUAUUAAAUGUACUUGUGAGCCAGCAAAUAAUUCAGUGAGACCAUAAAAGUUUAAUUUGCCAUAUUCAUUUAAUAUAGCUUUGUGUUAAUCCUAUUCUAAAAUAUGAGUAUCAAAAUAAGCUUCUUUUUUUUUUUUUUAAUCAGUGAUUUUUUUUCUUAUCCUCAUGAUUCUUUUACCAUUAUGCUAGUGAACAAACUUGGUUCCAAUAAUAACUCAGUGGAAGCUAAUAGAACAUUUGACUUUGUUUAAAUGUUUUUCCCUGUAUUUCACUAUCGUUUUAAAAUGUAGGAAGUUGAAAGGAUGCGCCUUUUGCUGUAAUAUAGGUUUGUUGAAGUCUAAAUGUUAAAGUAAUGCAGUAAUUUCAGAUCACCUGGAAAAAAAGCUUUCGUCACUUCAUGACAGCUUUAUAUUUAAGUGAAAAAGCUAAACACCAAACAAGUCAUUUUUAAAAGAAAUGCAAAAUUUACAAAGAAAUGCAGAAUUUACAUCUAUCCAACCUAUCAGCCAACCAGAAUCUGUUGGACAAAAAAAGUUUGAAACAUGGUAAGCAGGUAUCAUGCUUAGCUAGCUGUAAUGUGUAGCUCUCAUUUUAAACUGAAUGCUAAAUAAUUUAUUUAAGGCAUAAUAAAAAGGGUACAGGCUUUCAUGAACUCGUUAAGAUAGUAAUAUUUAUAAAAUAUAUAUUUAAACUGAUAGCUUUACAAGUUUCACUUUUGGUUUGUACUAUAGCCACUUUCCAUCCAAGAAGCUGCAGUUCAGAAUAAAUAUUUACAGUAAACAUAAGCAUAAUUCUCAUUAUGUAAUUUAAGUAUUAACUACUAUAAUUUUUGGAAAUUGGAGCUGACAUGUUACAUACCAUUUUGUCCUAUAUAAGUAUGCAUGAUUAUAGUUAGUCAGAUGGAAGUUUACUUUGAUAAUGUAUUCCAGGCCCAUUUAAUCUGGUUACUGCAGCCUUGUUAAGUAAGCAACUGUAGAUGUACAGAAAUAAAUGUUUAAAUUGUAAAUUCAUUGAAUUCGUUUUCAGUAAACCUGUUACCAUUUAGCCUAGCAAAACAAAAAACUAAUUUUGUGUUACAACUGUUUGUAUGAAAUACAGUAAUGAAAAACAAGUUUCUAUAGUUUGUAACUUCUAAUAAAGUUCUAUGUUUGUGUAACUAAACCUUUAAUUCAAAUAAAAUUUUCUG